CACGACAAAAGGGAACCUCUUUGAACAUUCAGACUGGAAUCUGGAAAAGAGCAGCUGACGUCCACUGAACAGAUUUCAAGAGUUGAACUGUCAUACUUGUUGUAUAUGGAAGUUUAAGGAAUCACAGAGUGAUCUGAGUUGAAAUGGACCUUAAAGCUCAUCUAGUUCCAGCCCUGAUGGCACGGGCAGCAACACCUUCUAGUAGGCCAAGUUGCUCCAAGCCCCAUCCAGCCUAGCCUUGAGCAUUGCCAGGCAUGGAGCAUUUACUGCUUCUCUGGGCAACCUGUGCCAGUUUCUCACCACCCUCACAGGAAAGAACUUAUUCUUAAUACCUAAUCUAAAUCUCCCAUCUGUUAGUUUAAAGCCAUUCUGCCUUGUCCUGUCCUUAUAUGCCCUUGUAAAAAGUACCUACCAGAUUUAUUGUAGACCCUCUUUUGGCACUGGAAGCUGCUCUAAGGUCUCCCUGGAGCCUUCUCCUGGUUCAGCAAGUGCAGCUCACUCAGCCUGUCUGCAUAGGAGAAGUGCAACUUUUGGUGUUGCACGCAGGUUUACUGUGAACUGUGCUGUUGUGUUUUAUGGCGGGGCUUGAGCCCCGGCUAGAGAAAUGUGGCAGGCCCCACUCCAUGCAAUGAGUUUCCUGGGAGCAGCUGCACACCAGCCGCUGACCUCGACCAUCGUGUGUACAUCCAGAUGCUUCUCGGAAGAGACCGCAAUGCCUCUUUUGUACAGUCUUCCUAUGCAAGUAACACCUCUCGCCUAAACGUAGGCCAGGUGAGAAUAAACCCCAUUUUACACGGAAAAUAUUAAACACUACAAUGUCUUUUUUUCCCCUCCUGGUACCCGCGUUUCCUUCUCCUUCGUGAACACGUCCAUUAGAGGGCAGUACCCGCCCCGUCACCAGCGGGGCGGGCACUGCUGUGUCCGUGCCCUCGCGGCGCCCGCGGCCUUCUGUCCGGUGCGGCGCUCGGCGGCUUUCCGGCGGCGCGGCGGAGCUGCCGCCAUGGAGUGGGAGCCGGCGGGCAGCGCGACCAAGUUGCUGGCGGCGGCGCAGGCGCAGCUGGCGGCGCGGCGGCUGGCGGAGGCGGAGGAGCUGUACAGCCGCCUCAUCGCCCAUGGCGCGGGGUUUGGGUACGUGCCGGGGCGGAGGCCGUGGGUGUGUGGAACGCGGGGACCGUUCUGUCGUAAUGUCCGCUCUCUGUCCCCGCGCAGCGCCGACCACCACCUCGCCACCGCCCUCAACGACCGGGGCCACAUCAAGUAUUUACGGGUGGAGUUCGCUGCCGCCAUGGAGGACUACACAGCCGCCAUCGAGUGUCAGCCCGGCUUCGAGGUGCCGUACUACAACCGCGGCCUGGUGCUCUACCGGCUGGGAUGCUUUGAUGAGGCCAUGAAAGAUUUCAGGAAAGUAUUAGAGUUAAACCCCCAGUUUGAAGAUGCUGCACUGAGUCUAAAGCAGGCUAUUCUUGAUAAAGAAGAAAAACAAAAGCGGGGUUAUUGAAAAUUCAGCUACUGGUGUGCAAAAACACAGGAUUCUUGACAUCGAUGGAUGAAGCACAGGAUCAUUUGCAUCUGUUACAACCUGCUAAGGAAACCCUGUUUGGGGUAAAUAAGUUAAAAAUUGAUUAUGAUUACAAAAUGAACUAUUUUUGUAUAUUUUUAAUGUUGAGGAAAAGCAUAAUGUUAGAUCUCUGUGAGAUACUUGCAGAGAUUUUGUACAGAAGUAGUUUAUAAACACAUUGGAAGCCUAGUAACAGCAGAUGAAGUCUGUAGUUCUCUUGCUAUAACUGUUUCUGUAGUCUCAUUGAUUGUUUUAAACAGUCUUUCAAAGGAAAGAAAAGUCACUAAAACAUGUAAGUACUUAAGACUGGAAGUGUGAGAAGUACAGUGAUUUAAUAAUGAUAGUGUUUGUCCACAUUCAGAUGUAAAUUUAAGACAAAUAUGCAGUUAGUUUCAAGGUGUUGUACUGAAGAUGCUGUGUAACUGAUUUUCUUUUCACUUCAGUGUUUCUGUAUUAAAAAGACACUUAACAGAAACACUGAGAUUUCUUCAGGAAACACCACCCGUACCUGGCAUGGGGAAUGUGGCACAAGUAUUCAGUCCUUUGUAAGUUGAUUCACCCCUUGAGGUGGUUUUAAAUUACCUGAACAGGCAUGACCUAAUUUUUUUAAUCCUGUUGUAAAAAUAUUGGACAGAGUAAUAAUUGAAUGAAUAAAAAUGAACACAUAAUUUUAAUCUCA